GGCAGUCACUGCUGUUGUGUGUGGAGAUCUCUCAGAACAGCAGCCCCUGAUCAUGUGACUCCUCCUCAAUGUGACUGAUCACAUGACGGUGACAUAAUCGCAGGUCCUGUAAGCACACGGCUCCUCUACAGAUACAGGUUUCUCCAAUCCAGGAUCCUCUGCUGAUAUCUUCUAUAUAAGAGAAUUCUCCUGGAUGACCCAUCAACCAUGGAGAGAGACAGGAACAAGAUGGCCGACAGGAUCAUAAACCUCACCCUACAGAUACUCUUCCGGCUUACUGGAGAGGAUUACUCAGUAGUGAAGAAGUCCUCUAGUGGGCGCUGUCGGGCCCCUGUGUGUGAAGGAUGGGGAGGAACCCUGAACCCAAUCCCGGGGCCCCCACCUCAGUCCCUGAUACAUGAGGAAAUGGAUGAACAGAAGAUCCGAGAACUCAUCAACAAGAUGAUGGAGCUAUUGACUGGAGAGGUUCCUAUAAGGUGUCAGGACGUGGCGGUCUAUUUCUCCAUGGAGGAGUGGGAGUAUGUAGAAGGACACAAGGAUCAGUACAAGGAUCAGGUCAUGAUGGAGGAUCAGCAGCCCCUCACAUCACCAGUCAGAUCCAGUAAGAGAACAGCACCAGAGAGGUGUCCCCGUCCUCUUCUUCCACAAGAUGAUCAGGGAGAAGAUCCAAACAAUAUUAAUGCUACAGAGACAGAUGUGAGUGGUGAUGAGCAGUAUAUGAAGAACAUUCCUACAGAGAAAGAUUUGAUCAAUAUUAAUCGUACAGAUAUGAAGGAAGAAGAAGAGAAAGAUGUGAUCGGUGAUGAGCAGUAUAAGUUGGACAUUCCUACAGAGAAAGAUCUGAUCUAUAAUAAUACUACAGAAUUAAGGAAAGAAGAAGAGACAGAUGUGAGCAGUGAUGAGCAGUAUAAAGAGUACAUUCCUACAGAGAAAGAUGUUAACAAUUUUUAUGCUACAGACAUAAAGGAAGAAGAGACAGAUAUGAGCGGUGAUGAGCAGUUUCAGGAGGACAUUCCUACAGGGAAAGAUCUGAACAAUUUUAAUGCUACAGAUAUAAAGGAAGAAAAGACAGAUAUGAGCGGUGAUCAGCAGUACAAGAAGGAAAUUCCUACACGGAAAGAUCUGAUCUAUAUUAAUCCUUCAUAUAUGAAGGAAGAAGAAGAGACAUAUGUGAGCAGUGAUGAGCAGUAUAAGAAGGACAUUCCUACAGGGAAAGUUCUGAUCCAUAUUAAUGCUACAGAUAUAAAGGAAGAAGAGACAGAUGUGAGCGGUGAUGACCAGUAUAAGGAGGACAUUCCUACAGGUAACCACCCAGAUUCUUGUAGCAGGAGAUCAGAGGAGAAUCUUAUAUCUUCAGAUUAUAAAGCAGAUGAUGAUAUCACACAAGAUACAUAUGAAGAACAUUCCAUUAUCCCAGAUACACCCUCAGCCCUUCACAGCCAAGAUCUGUCAUCUCAUCCUUAUAUACAGGUCCUGUCUUCUCAGUCAUCACAGGAUGUUCAGCAAAAUAAAGGUCACAGAAGGGGUGUUGGACAUCAACGAGCUCAUACAGGAAAGAAACCAUAUUCAUGCUCCGAAUGUGGGAAAUGUUUUACUUUGAAAUCAUAUCUUAUUCAACAUCAAAGAACUCACACAGGGGAGAAGCCAUUUUCAUGUGCAGAAUGUGGGCAAUGUUUUACUAACAAAUCAAAUCUUCUUGUACAUCAAAGAACUCACACAGGGGAGAAGCCGUUUUCAUGUUCAGAAUGUGGAAAAUGUUUUAUUCAGAAAUCACAUCUUGUUAAACAUGGAAAAACUCACACAGGAGAGAAGCCAUUUUCAUGUGCAGAAUGUGGGCAAUGUUUUACUAACAAAUCAAAUCUUCUUGUACAUCAAAGAACUCACACAGGGGAGAAGCCAUUUUCAUGUUCAGAAUGUAGAGAAUGUUUUACUCAGGAAUCACAUCUUGUUAAACAUCAAAGAACUCACACAGGGGAGAAGCCAUUUUCAUGUUCCGAAUGUGAAAAAAGUUUUAAUAACAAAUCAAAUCUUCUUGUACAUCAAAGAAGACUCUGCCAUGGCCUCGCCCCCAUUCCACCAAAAUCCCUCCUCAUGUCUCACUCCAACACAAAAAAUAAAAAAUAUCCUCAUCCUCCAUAA